AUGGACUUUCUUGACGAAGCCGUCAUUUAUCCUGUUACGGCGUUCAUCCGCAACAGCCGCAUGCUCGUGCGUAAAUGCCAGAAGCCGAACUACAGCGAGUUCACCACGGCGGCAAUGGCGACGCUGAUGGGAUUUGUCAUCAUGGGAUUUCUAGGAUUUUUUGUCAAGGUCAUUUUCAUUCCAAUCAACAACGUCAUCUUGGGAGCAUAA